CGAUCCUCCCAGCGCCACGAUCCGAGAGGAGAGGCUUUGGGCUUUCCGUGCGUGGGUCGUUUUCUCCCGAAUUCACCUCUCCAUGAACUUUUUUUCCCCGAAAAGCGGCUCAAACCGACGAGCGCGGUCAUGUAUUUUGCAGAAUUCGCCUAAAAUUAACCCAAAACGAGGAAAUCCAGUUGGCAAACACCGACUGCUUAUGAAAGGCCCAUCAACACACUCGAGGACAGGACGGGUUUGAUUCAUGCAAAACGUCGUUUUCGUUUUUAAUAAGCUGAAGUAGCUGACGAACUAACACAGUCCGGCCACCGAGUCCGCGUGACGUUUCUCCGAUUAUUUAUUGUUAAACCUUCUAUAAAUUAAAUGUGCGCCACAUAAAGUGGCUCUCAUAUUGUGGCUCAUAUUCGCACAUUUCAAGAGGUGUUGGUGUAAUGCAUGAGCUGUAGAUCUAAACGAGUAAAACGCAUUAGUAUAUAAACCAAGCCUCCUAUGCUGAGGGAUCUGAGAGGAGAGCUCGGCUCUUAGGAAAGUUGCCAACGACCCAAACACCAGCUUUACCGACCAGAACCCAUCGGUACCAUGCUCAGGUUCAACGUAUCGAUCAGUGCAUGCGUUCCCGGCGCUUUUGCGCGUUGUGCAUACGACUUACAUAUUAAAGCUGGUCAAACAGGGCUGAUGCUUUAAACGCAAGCGCAUUCUUUUGUUAUCUCUCCGUUGGCUGGGAGACGCGUAUCCCGUCGGGGUAUUUUCCCUCAUUUCUGCACCGUUCACUUGUAAAGUCAUCAAUUUGGUUCGGGCUGCUAUCGGGCUGAUGCACAGUUUUAUUUCUGUCGCUCCCGCUUGCUCUGUUAUUCACAUUUUCAGGCUGGAUGGUGUUUCAGUCAGAACGCCAUCUUGAAUCUCUUCACUUUAAAGGGUUUACUAUGCACAUCUACUGCAAACCCCCUUUACACAACUUUUAAUUAGCCUGCUGAUAUUUGUCAUUAACCUGAAGUUGAUAAACCAGAUUAUUAACCUUUUUUAUUUAAGUUGGCACGCGACGUUUUAACUCCUGCGCGCUGGCAGUUUCCUCUCAGGCAUAAAGCGGAACACUGUUUCUGUUUUUAUAAUAGUAUUACAUUUAUUAAUUUACUCUAGAUAGUCGUGAGCUCUGGAAGAUUAUUGUUGUGGCAUCUUUUGUGGCAGAAUGUCAGGAUGUAGUAGGGAUUAAGCACAAUCUCACACUCUUUCACACAUUCCCAUGUGUGUGCGUGUUUGCACGCAUCUGUGUGAUACAGACUAGUACGUACAGCUUCUCUUUGUGACGUUGUGUAAAGUGUCUGCAGGUGUCUAGUGCUGAAAACAGCACCAGACAGCAAUAUUAAUAAGACUGCUGCUGUUAUAAAAUGCGAAAAACGAAACGGCAGAGUGAUUUCUGACGCCCUGGACAUUGGAUUUGAUGUAUUUACAUCACAGCUAUGCAUGACGUCAGACUAUGUAAGGUGGCUGAAUCGUGUGCAACCUGUUAAAUACGAACUUUAGCAAACCUCUGGAGUGAAUGGGUGCCGUCAGAAUGAGAGUCCAAACAGCUGAUAAAAACAUCACAAUAAUCCGCAAUCUCUCUUUAAGACUCCUGCAGGGUAGAUGGAGAGCUGCAGCUCUUUGGACACGCCCCCUCGCUUCUGAUUGGCCGCAGACCGCCGCCUCCUUCCCCUCCUUCAUUGGUAUUCAGGUAGUACGGUCUUUGUGGAGGACAGAGGAGAGAGAGAGGGCGAGAGGGAGAGAUUUACAGAGGUAAAGGCGAUACGAGCACAACAAGACGGGCGAGAGGAGAGGGACGGACGGCUUGAGAAAGGAAAGUGAGAGAAAAAGACAGAAGUGGAUUGACUUCAAGCUGAGGGCCAUUCCGAGGUGGACGGAACCGGGUGCGAAAGUGCCACAAGGGUUUCUGGACGGUGAGUGGCACUUUGGAUUUUAACCCAGCUGGAAUCGAACCAAACCCCGGACUGACGGCUCUGCUGGAGGACGUCCUGCGGAUACUCUACUGGCGUGCGUGUGAGGGGUCUCUCUCCCCGUCGGGGAGGCGUGCCGCGCAGACGGACGGACGGACGGACCGCUGGCGUGUGUGUGUGUACGUGUCUCUGCGUGCGAUUUCCCCCUAUGUCCUUCUUUUUGUGGCUGUGUGCGCACCAGGGCCCAGUAUAUGGAUAGAAGCUCUCUGUUUCAGCUCAUACAAGAGCAGCUGGACCCAGAGCAGACUGGUUUUAUAGCAGUGGAAAAUUUCACCAGUCUAGCUGAGCACCAUGAGUUACAGCUGGACCCCAGUAAACUGGAGAUGCUGCUGGCACUGGUACAGAGCAACGAACACGGACACGUCUGCUACCAGGAACUCAUAGAACUGCUGAGCAGUAAACGUUCCAGUAGUUUUCGCCGAGCCAUCGCAAAUGGGCGUCGCACCCUGCAGCGCGAGAUCCUAUUGGAUGAGACGGGGCUGGGCGUGUACAAGCGUUUCGUGCGCUACGUGGCCUAUGAGAUUCUGCCGUGCGAGACGGACCGCCGAUGGUACUUCCAUCAGAACAGACUCUGCCCACCUCCCGUGUUCAUGGCCGUCAUUACCAUUGUACAGAUCAUAGUGUUUAUGUGUUACGGCGUGAUGCUCAAUAAGUGGGUGUUGCAAACCUACCAGCCGGAUUUCAUGAAGAGUCCGCUGGUGUAUCAUCCCGGACACCGCGCACAAAUCUGGAGGUUCUUCAGCUAUAUGUUCAUGCAUGUUGGGUUAGAGCAGUUGGGUUUCAAUGCUCUCCUCCAGCUGAUGAUUGGAGUUCCUCUGGAGAUGGUUCAUGGGAUCCUGAGGAUCAGUCUGCUGUAUAUGGCAGGAGUCGUCGCCGGUUCACUGACGGUGUCCAUCACGGAUAUGCGCGCUCCGGUGGUGGGCGGGUCCGGCGGGGUCUAUGCACUCUGCUCAGCACAUCUCGCCAACGUUGUCAUGAACUGGGCUGGUAUGAAGUGCCCAUACAAAUUGCUACGGAUGAUUCUUGCACUUGUUUGCAUGAGUUCAGAGGUGGGCCGCGCCGUAUGGCUGCGUUUCUCUCCGCCCCUCCCCUCCUCCGGACCGCAGCCCAGUUUCAUGGCUCAUCUGUCGGGCGCGGUGGUGGGCAUCAGCAUGGGGUUACUGAUCUUGCGGAGCUAUGAGGAAUCUCUGCAUAAACAGUGCUCCUGGUGGGUCCUCAUCUUCUCCUUCAUCACCUUCCUCCUCUUCGCCAUCUUCUGGAACAUUUUCGCGUACGAGCUGCUCGGGGUACAGAUCCCGCCCCCUCCCUGAUGACACGCCCCCCCCCUCAUUGCCCUCAAAAAGCCACGCCCCCCUGUCCGACACAGGUCCGACCUCAAUCUACUCCGCUCGACCAGCAGCGGAGAAACGGACGUAAAAACCGGAAAGGAAGGAUUUCAGCGGUGUGAAAUAAAAACACAUACUCACAUUCCAUACAGAAGCAGCGACCAUAAACGGCGUGGUAUUUUUAAUGAACACUCGGAGGCAGCUCAAGGAUCCGGCGAGCUUAUUUAAACAGACCGUCAGAGGAAACACGCACACAAACACGCACACACACACACACGUACAUCAGAUUUGUUGUGUAUUUCAGCCCGAGGCUCAUUCAUGAUGCCUUUCUGUAUUGUUUUGAUUUGACAGCCUCAUCUAAGCCUGUUAUGCAUUACAGAUACCAUCCGUAGUAGAUGAAACGCCGUCAGUUGAACCAGGAGUCUCGCUGACUGAAAACAAAGCCUUACGCUUGAAGACACGGCUAAGUCCUCGGUGAGGUAGGGGGGUGAUGUUGAUGUCAUUUGAUGCUGUUUGUUUUGGGAUAAUUACAGAUUGGAUAUGGUGAAACGAGGUGAAACUUGUUUCAAAGGGUGAAAAGUGUUUCUGAAGCUUUACUUUGUUCCUCAGCUGUACACAAACAUUAGCUCUGUUCCAAAUCAUAGUGGGCUUUCUAUGUAGGCAGUGUGUUAUAGCUGCACAUCAUGUUGCCUUCUAAGAUCUUCUUUUCUGUGAAAUAUCAUUGCAGAAUUGUCAAGUCUAAGAAUGCAUUGCGACAAGAAGUCUCUUAUUUUCACCAAGCCUGCAUUUAUUUGAUCGAAAAUACAGUAAAAAACAUUUAAGUAUUGUUAUAAUUUAAAACAACUGUUUUCUAGCGACCUUAUUCUUUAAUGCGUAAGUGAGCCUAUGGGUGAGACUUCCGGUUCAUUAGCCACAAUAGUGAAAUAGUGAGGACAAUAACAAUGUGCAGUAAACUGUAAAACUGUUUGCACUACAAACCAUUGUGCUCAUAAUUAAGAUAAUACGUUAAUAAUAUGGUAAGACUCACCAAUUUGCAACAUGCUAACAACAUGCUAAUCAUGCUAGCAACAUGCUAACAACAUGUUAAUCAUGCUAUUUAAAGCUAAUCAUGGUAAAAACAUGUUAGAAACUUACUAGGAACAUACUAAUCAUGUUAGAAACAUGUUAACAACAUAGUAAUCAUGCUGGCAACAUGCUAGCAACAACAUGCUAGCAACAUGCUAAUCAUGCUAGCAACAUGUUAACAACAUGUUAAUCGUGCUGUUUAAAGCUAAUCAUGGUAAAAACAUGUUAGAAACUUACUAGGAACAUACUAAUCAUGUUAGAAACAUGUUAACAACAUGUCAAUCAUGCUGGCAACAUGCUAACAACAUGCUAAUCAUGCUAGCAACAUGCUAACAACAUGGUAAUCGUGCUAUUUAAAGCUAAUCAUGGUAAAAACAUGUUAGAAACAUACUAGGAACAUACUAAUCAUGUUAGAAACAUGUUAACAACAUGGUAAUCAUGCUGGCAACAUGUUAACAACAUGCUAAUCAUGGUAGCAACAUGUUAACAACAUGUUAAUCGUGCUGUUUAAAGCUAAUCAUGGUAAAAACAUGUUAGAAACUUACUAGGAACAUACUAAUCAUGUUAGAAACAUGUUAACAACAUGGUAAUCAUGCUGGCAACAUGCUAGCAACAUGCUAACAACAUGCUAAUCAUGCUAGCAACAUGCUAACAACAUGUUAGUCAUGCUAUUUAAAGCUAAUCAUGGUAAAAACAUGUUAGAAACAUACUAGGAACAUACUAAUCAUGUUAGAAACAUGUUAACAACAUGGUAAUCAUGCUGGCAACUUGCUAGCAACAUGCUAACAACAUGGUAAUCAUGAUAGCAACAUGCUAACAACAUGCUAAUCAUGCUAGCAAAAUGCUAACAACAUGUUAAUCGUGCUAUUUAAUCAUGGUAAAAACAUGUUAGAAACAUACUAGGAACAUACUAAUCUUGUUAAAAACAUGUUAACAACAUGGUAAUCAUGCUGGCAACAUGCUAGCAACAUGCUAACUACAUGUUAACCAUGCUAACAACAUGUUAGCAAGAUGCUAAUUAUGCUAUCAACAUGCUCUUAGAAUGUUAAUUAUGUUAGAAACAUGUUAACAACAUGCUAGUAACUUGCUAAUCAUGUUAGCAGCAUGUUAGUAGCUUGCUAAUCAUGCUAACAACAUGCUAAUUACAUAUUAGUAACACCCUAAUUGUAAGAAACAUGUUAGCAACAUGUUAGUAACAUGCAUGUUAACAACAUACUGAUCAUGUUAACAAUGUUAACAACUCGUUAAUCAUGUUAACAACACAUUAGUAACAUGCUAAUCAUACUAGCAACAUGUUAGAAACAGGCUACUAACUUAUUAAUCAUGAUAACAACAUGCUAGCAACAUGCUAACUAUAUGUUAAUAAUGUUAACAACAUGCUAGUAACUUGCUAAUCAUGCUAGCAACAUGUUAAUCAUGCUAGCAACAUGUUUGAAACGUUAACUACAUGUUAAUCAUGUUAUGAACAUGUUAGUAACAUGCUAAUCAUGCUAGAAACAUGUUAACAACAUAAUGAUCAUGCUAACAAUAUGUUAACAUGCUAGCCACAUGCUAAUCAUGCUAACAAAACAUUAGUAACGUGUUAAUUGUGUUAAACCCAUGCUAGCAACAUACUAGUUAGUCAACUUGUUAGUCAUGCUACAACUUCCAAUAAUAGUUGGAAAUAUGUUAGCAAAAUGUUAGAAACAUGCUAGCUAUAUGCUAACCAUGCUAAAAACAUGCUAACUACACGUUUUUACAUGCCAGUAAUGUUAUCAACAUACUGUUAACAUGCUAAUCAUCUUAGAAACAUGUUAACAACAUGUUAGUAACUGGCUAAAAAUGUUAGCAACAUGCUAGUAGCUUGCUAAACACGUUAGCAACAUGCUAAUAAUAUUAAAACAUGCUAGAAACAUGUUAAUAAUGCUAACAACAUGCUAGCAACAUGUUAAUCAAGCUUUAAAACUACUUUAAACUUCAAUCUAUUUCAGACUGAAAAUCAUCAAAUUUUUGAGACUAAAAAUCUAAAAAUCAAACUUUUUCAAACUUUCUGGUCAGACUUUCUCAAGCCGACUUCAGAGUUUGUCUUGACAAACUAUUUUAUCUAGGUGUUUAAUAAUUUAUUUUAUUAUGAAAAUAAAAUUUUGCAUUUAAAAAAGUAAAUUUUUGUUUGUAUGCUGUCUAUUAUCGUUCUUAGAAAGAAAAUUGGAAAUGGAAGGUCACGCCAAAAAAUCGGUGCAUCUCUAUUUAAAUUGUAAUUUAUUCCUGUGAUUCAAAGCUGCUAUUCAGCAUCAUUAGUCCAGUCUUCAGUGUCACUUGAUCUUUCAGAAAUCAUUCUAAUAUGCUAAUCUAAAAUGAAACAUUUAUUUUACAUCAGUUUUUGCUGCCUAAAAUUUUUGUAGAAACCAUACUUUUUUCAAGAUCCUUUGAUGAAUAGAAAGUAAAAAAACAGCAUUUAAUAAUUUUUAAAAAAAUGUUUUUACUGAAUUUUUUAAUCAAUCUAAUGCAUUCUUGCUGAAUAAAAUUUUUAAAAUAAAAAAAACAUUAAGUCAUCUUACUGACCCCUUUCGAACUACUUAAAAAUUGCCUAUUCUACCUAAUAUUUUUAUGCUUAUUAGAGUAUUGUUUUGUAAACACACUGUUGAAGGAAGUGAAUUCUUGUAGUGCGUUCCAAAUCAGGUUCCAUUUCACUUACGAUGCGGCCUUAGAAGGAAACUUUCUAGUAAACAACAAGGGAGCUCACAUGGUUUGGAACAGAGUCCUUAUAUCUGACCCUUGACCUUUGAAAAGUGUUCCAGUGAACACAAACCCAAGCCAGUGAAAGAGUCAGGAGUUUACAAGCCAGUUUAUCUGUGCCACAUCUGCACUAAUGAUUACUUCAGUAUUGCUGUGCAGAUUGCAGUUGUUAUGGUAACAUGAUUAAAGAUGCUUUCGACAUAGAAACGAGUGUCACGACCACCAAUACCGAAUGUUUUGAAACUCCAGUCAGGAGAAAUUUCCAUCAGUGAAGGGUUGGCUUAAUAACAAUGAUUAUGACUGGGUAUAUAUGGAGAUUUACUUUAAAAAUGAAAAAACUCAAAAGAUGAGAAAGUGGGGUAUUUCAUAACCCUUAACUCUAAGACAAAGCAAAUAAUUACAGAAUUCAGUAGUGCCAAGUUAUCAUUCGCUAAGCUGCUAAAAGAUAAUUAAAGGGAAUUAAUUAAAUCGCUAAAGGAAAGAUGUGUAUAAGAUUGCCGUCCUGAGUUGAUUUCUUUUCAUUUUCGAAAAGCUUGACCGUGUGUCUGUUUAAUGUUGUGGAUUUUUAUGCCAUAGUCCUAUAUUUAUAUUUAUUCAGUGUCGGAUUGUGGCGUCUGUAAAGAUUGCUCUAAACUGAGGGAUCGUCGCGAUGAGGAUGAUGAUGCAAAAUCCAAAAUUAAAUGCGUUUACAACCACAGAAAUAGAAAGUGCUGGAAGCAAAGCAAAGAAUAUUAACAAUACAAAUGUUUAAUUAAUAAAUUCAGCUGUGCCCAAAGGUCACACUUACGUAACAAAACACAUUAAUGCUUUCCAGGGAACAUGAGAGCUAGUUAAAUAUUUUAAAGUCAGCAUGAAAUGGCACUCGCAACCCAAUAAUGUGACAUACGCAGGUAAAAAUGUCAUCGAGGAGAAAUAAUGAUAAAGUACGUAAAUAAUGUCGACGGUGGUUUCAGGUUGAGUUUAAAUGUUCUGAUCCAGCAUGCAAAAGUGGAAUUUACUUACAGUUCCUGUUAUAUUCAUCUGGCUGGCACUUUUAGACAGGUGAAAAAUGAAACGCUGAUGAAUAUUUAUCAGACACGCUUAUAAACACUGAGAAAGAGAGAGAGAGGAAUGCUAUAAAAAGCUAAAAGCCGAAUUGGGGUAUGUGAUAGAAGAAAAUGAGGUGAGAAAGACGGGACAAAUUGCUGAUAAAAUGAAGGAAAAUUGAGAGAGUGGCGAAUGGAUCUGUUGUUUUUUUUGGACACUCAUCAAAUGGAUGCUGGAAGAGUGUGUGUGUGUGUGCGCGUGUAUGUGUGUGUGUUAAACAUGCUUUAAUGUGCUGUAUGACCAUUGUUGGUAUUCAGACUGUUAUAAGCACACAUACUGUAGUCUGUGUGUGUAUUUUAGGGGUAUGUGAGUGUGGGAAACACCGGACCUAAACAGCUGGGUUGUGUUCGGAGUGGAAGACUAGCAUACUUACUACAUACUUUGCAGUUUAUACUGCCUACUAUUUUUAAUAUAAUGUGAAACAGUUUGCAUUUUGCAAUUCUAAAUGUUUCUAACAGUGGUAUACAAGAUGAUCAUGUGACAUCGCUGAUUAAUUCAGCAAACGGCAUCUGUUUAUCAUAUUUGAAAAAGUUCUUUCAAUUUGAAUCCAAUUUUAAGGAGCAAAAAGUGAAAUAAUAUGGAGUAAAAUUAAGUAUUUAGGCAUUCUGAUCAAAUACGACAAAGUAAAUGUAAAAGGUUUAUGUGAUUAUUUAUUCUCUGAAAUGUUAGUAUUAUUCAUAUAAUUAUAUAAUACAAUAUUAUAGUAUUUAUUAAUAUUUAUUUAUUAAUAUUUACAAAUGGUCAUAUUUUCAGUUUUUAAUUUCCUUUUAAGUUCUAGUUAUUUAAUUUUUGU